GAAAAGGUAUCUCAAAAGUGAUUAUUCAGUUCAAUUUCAGUUAAACGGGCAAUUAUUUUGUAAAAGUUACCAGCGACCACCAAAGUAAUUUUUCUAAAGUUGGACGAAAUUGGGGCAUAAAUAUGGCCCAAAAUUGAAGUCCAUUUUCCAUACCCAUCUCCAAUUGGGCUCCUUUUGUCUGGAAUGAUCUUCCUUGUACACAGUUUCAGUAGCUUCUUCUCUAGCAAUCGCCACGCACACACACACACCGUGACGCCCCUUUCAUUUCUCGAAAACUUCAGCACAAAUUCCAUUUCCUUUCCGUACGCUCAAAGAUGGCAGCGUGGGUGGCUGCUCGUAAAGUCGCGAACCUAACACGGCUUUCCGCUUCCGGAUCAGCUCCGUCCACUAGGCAAGCUGCCUCUCUCUUGCAGCGCCGCGGUCUCGCCGGCGGUGGUGACCACCAUGGGCCGCCGAAAGUCAAUUUCUGGGAAGAUCCAAUGAGUCCAUCUAAAUGGAAAGAGGAGCACUUUGUGAUAGUUUCUCUUGCUGGAUGGGGUUUGGCCAUCACUGGUGCAUACAAGUUCUUCACAGGAGGCAAGAAAGAUACAAAGGAUGAGAAAGUUGCAGAAUCGCAUUGAUGCUGGACAUGUUAGGUAAUGCCUGGAAUAAAGGGUUUCACUUAGCUUUAUGGUCUUGGAGGUGCAGUUGCACAGAGAUGAUUCUGAUCUUUUAUUAGACAGUACAUUUUUGGAACUUUGUACAUGAACCUUCUGAUCGAAGAACAUGUGUGAAAACUCAGGUUUUUGCUUGGUUAUCCGUCCUCACUUUCCUUCAACCUGUUGAUACUCCUUUACAAUGUUUAAAUCUAUCCAAAUAAGUAAUGGUCUCGGGCAGAUAUGUUUCUAUGAUCACCUACUGUUUGCUCCGACACUAUGCGGGUAGGAAGCUUCGUUUGGAUUGAUGUUGAUGCCUCUUAUAAAUGUCCUCCUUAGACGUUCAAUGAGUCAACGGACAUAUUGUUGCUUACUGUCAAUCUUGUUUUACUUUAGAAGCUGCCUUUGAAACUGGGAUCUGGGUGUCUAUCAUGUGAUGGCAAUCAUGGUCGAAUUUCUUUGAUUGUUGAUUAAUACGGAUAGCCCUCCAUUUUCAAACCAAUCUUACCUUGCAAUCGACGAAUAUAAC